CUUUACCUACUCAUUUUACUAUGGACCAUUUCGUAGACAGCAUCGAAUCGCAAAAGUAUAUCUGCAGACGAUUUGAUAUGCUAACCUCGCAUAUAACCAUACGAUUUCUUUUCUUUUAUGCCAAUUCUGGCGGUGCUGAGGAUUUCAUGCCAGGUCGCCAGCUUGAGGAAGGGUUUUAUCGGAUCCUUGCUCUCUGCCCCUGGUUCGCUGGUGUUAUUAAACAGACACGUGGCGGCGGAAUGGAGGUUAUCGUCGACAAGGGCAAUCUGAACAUGCCUGACUAUCGUGAAUCCCAGUCAUUGGUUCCUUUCAGCAAGAUCCAGUCUUCUGGAUUCAACCGUGCAACCUGGCCUGAUGAUUUGGUUCCUGUUGGGCUGGCUGCAUAUCCUGAUGAGACUACCAGGAUGAUCAAACUGUUGCAUAUUCACGUUGUGCGACUGAAGGACAACAGCGGUGUGGCUAUUUCUGUCAAUUUCAACCAUGGAGUCGCAGAUGCAACCACCGCUAUUACAUUCCUUAAUCGCUGGGCGGAUGAGACGCGUGCACUAGUAACUGGCGUACCUGUGGCGGAAGCAACCUUCUGCUUUGGUGCCGACAUCAUCAAGAGGCACCUGCCGAGCGAGCGUGCACCUCUCAGUGAAGUGUCCUGCAAAGUGCUUUCAGCAAAAUCCCGUGUGGCGGACUUCAUCAUGUGGCUCUCGCCUAACAGACGCGGCUUGUUGAUGAACUAUUUGAUCAACUCUGCAUCUCCGCGUGGGCAUCUAUUCCGAAUUUCGCGUGCCAAGAUUGAUGGGCUUCGCGACCAAGUGCUUGAACACCUGCCACAUGGCACACGUCUGUCUACUAACGACAUCAUAUCAGCAGUUGCACACAGAGUCCACGAACAGGCUGUGGCAAGGAAGCAACAGGGAUGGCUUGCAAAACUAACUGAUCGGAAGAAUCGACUUGCAGGCGAACAUUGUACUUUGGUUGUCGCUAAUUUUCGCGGCCAUCUUGGAAUGACAGAGUUGAAUUACAUGGGCAACCCGGUAUUCGGCGAAUUUGUUCUCACCCCGAUGCACCAGGCACACUUGCCGAUUACUCCCAAGACUAUUUCUGUAGUUGCUGCACAGAUUAGGUCGUUGGUAUCGGCGAUUACUCUCCCGCGCAUCGGACAAAAUAUUGAUGUUUUUGAUUCUGGUGAGAAAUAUGCUGCUGAUUUCUUUGCCGUUGCCAUGAAUCACAAGCUCGUGACAGCAACUUCUAAUAUAGCAUCUACUAAGAUGUAUGCUGCAGACUUUGGCCAUGGCGUUCAAGCAUUUUCAACAGUCCAUCCUGAGUUUAGUAUGGGGUUAUUUUCGAUCCUUCAGUCGCCACCCCCAAGCAAGGACAUUCUUGUCAAUUUCUGUGAUGCGGCUUUGGUAAUGGACGGUUUCUUAAAAAACGAGUUUUGGAGUGACUUCUCAGAGUUGGUUUACUAAUAU